AUGACUACAGCAGGAAGACCAACAUGGGAUACUGCUAAAGGCGGUAGAGGAAAAUGGGAAGGGGAUUUAAGUGCCUUAUCAAAACAGUACUCUGUUCGUGACUUACCGGCGCAUACAAAGUUAAAACUCCGUCAAGAAGGCCAAGGAAGACCUGAAGAUGUUCAAGGCAAAGAUUUUAAACGUGCUUUGGAAGAGAAAGAGAAACGAUUGGCUCAAGAAAAAUCCAGUAAAACAUCAACAAAUGCUGUCAGUCAACAAUCAGCAAUUACUAGUGCUAAACGAACUAGUUCUGCUGCUAUAAUGCCAUCAAUGGAUAGUAAUACUAUUGGCAGUAUAAAGCGUCUUCGACCUGAAACAACCAAUAAUGUACCAACAAGUAACUUAGACGCUGAUGAUCCAUGGGAUGAAGACUAUGAUGAAGAUCAAGACGAUGUAGUUAAUGUUAAUAAGACAAAAACAAAGAAUAAAGUUAAAAAUCUAUCUGAAGAUAACUACAAUCAAGAUGAUGAUGGUGCCAAAAUAAAACGUGAAAGAGCUGAAGAGGCGGCUCGUUUGGCUGCUGAAAGAAAAGCAGCCGAAGAAACUAUACGUAUGGAAAAUAUUCUUAAGGGAAAUCCUCUUUUAAAUUCGGCUAAUUCUUCAGAAUUCAAAGUGAAACGAAGAUGGGAUGAUGAUGUUGUAUUUAAAAAUUGUGCUCGAGGUGAAGUCGAUCAUGUGAAACGAGGUUUUGUCAAUGAUACACUACGUUCUGAAUUUCAUAAGAAAUUUAUGAAAAAAUACAUUCAGUAA